CAGAACACUUCAUAAAGCAGGAUGGACUGUCAGAAUGUCGGCGUGAGGCGCUGGGAGCGCCAGUGGGGUGGGCGUGGCCCUCCCUCUAAUCUCACAGUGGCAGGCGGCUGGGCGGGCGAACAGACGUGACUGGGCGGCGAGUCGCGCACUUCCUAAAACACGAGCGGCGCGACUCCCCUUCCUGCAUUCGGAGAGGUUCGCGUCCAGUGGUGUUGUCGGGCACAGCAAGAAGAAAAGCACUGCCACAAUGUUCCAAAGUAUCCGCAGCUUCACCGUGCACCUGGACGGCGGCGAUGACGCGGUGUUUCGGCGCGGGGAGCCGCUGACCGGCGAGGUGGUGCUGGAGCUGGCCCGUCCAAUCAGGGUGAGGUCCUUAUCCGUGACAGUGCGAGGAGAUGCCACGGUGCACUGGCUGGAGAACCGCAGCGUGGGCAUGAACAUCGUCUACAACGACUACUCGGACAGCGACAACUACUUCAAGAAGAGGCGCCACCUGAUUCGAGAGGACAAUAAUGAGCCCAAAGUGCUGCAGGCAGGGAGACACGAGUUCCCCUUCAGCUUCCAGCUGCCAGAAGACACCCUGGUGACUUCCUUUGAAGGCAAACAUGGAAGCAUCCGGUAUGCAGUGAAGGUGAAACUGCAUCGGCCCUGGUGUACCGUGAAAAAGAUCAAACAAGAAUUUACUGUAAUCGAGCCAAUCGAUAUCAACACCCCGGCACUGCUGGCACCCCAGGCUGGCGCCAAAGAGAAGAUGGCACGUCUACUGUACCGCAAUAUUGGACAGGUGUCUUUGACUGCUAAGAUUGACAGGAAAGGCUACACUCCAGGUGAAAUGAUCCCCAUCUUUGCCGAAUUUUACAACUCCACCUACCGCAGUGUUGUCCCCAAGGCUUUCAUUACCCAGACACAGACUUUUAUUGCCCGGGGGACAAUGAAGCAGAAGAAGUCUGUGGUGGCCACCUUGAAUGGUGACACCAUCGGUGCCAAAAAGCGAGAUACCUGGCACGGCCGGGCAAUCAAAAUCCCUCCAGUGGGCCCGUCCAUUCUGCAGUGUCGCAUUAUCAGGGUGGAGUACAACCUGCGGGUGUGUGUUCAUGUUCCUGGCACAUCCAAACUUUCUCUGGAGCUGCCUCUGGUAAUUGGCACUAUCCCCCUUCACCCCUUUGGGAGCCGGACCUCCAGUGUCAGUAGUCAGUACAGCGUCAACCUGGAGUGGCUCCGCAUGGCCAUCCCCGAGCAGCCUGAGCCUCCACCAGAUUACAGCGCCAUUGUGUCGGAUGAAGAGGCGGAGCAGCACAUGACCCCCCCUCAGGCCGAGGAAGACAUCACCGGGGUCCUGGAGCGACCCUACUUCGCUUAUGUGCAAGAAUUCCGGUAUCGGCCUCCCCCCGUCUACUCAGAGGUUGACCCCAACCCUCAGGGCUCCGCUAUCAGACGCCGCUGCAUGACCUGCUGAGCGCCCAGUCGGAGGCUGCGGGUAGCGGCGCCAGUCAGACCUUCUUUCUUUGAAGAAAGGUGCACUUGUGUACCCACUUGAACUCGGAUGCAGGGGCGGACGUCCUGUGUGGGCACAGGCAAUGCCCCCUGUGCUGUGACUGAAGCAGACUGCUAGACGCUUCUGCGAUUCUGUCCUUUAAAAGUUGGUAGUUGAACCGACAAUUUGCCAAAUGAAACCUGGGAGUGGAGGACGAGAGGAGAAAGCCAUGCCAGGGCGGGUGCAAUGCAGCACUUGGUCUUCACAACUUGCCUUCCCCCGCCAGGGUGCCUGGCGUCUUCGGCCGAGGGUGGCACAUCCCUGGUGGUGUAUCCUGUUUCUUUUUGAAACUCUGGUGCUGUGGGACAGCAGGAAUUUUGCCAUGGGGACGGGUGGCUGUUCUUGGUGAUGGCACCACUUUGGUCUUUACCUCAAGUGCCAAUUAUAGGGCUACACUUGCUUCAGGGAUCCUGUGCCAGCUUAACAGUUGUCAUUGUAGGCAGUGGCACAAUUCACUGUGGUGCCUACACAAUGCAUGAAGUGCAGCAGGCUUUGGAGAAGAGGGCAUUGCCAGGCUGCUGUGCAGGAUCUGGGUGCCAGUCUGUUCCUGGUUUCUCCCAGGGGUGAUGCCCUAAUUUCAGUGCCACCAUGUCGGAGGGCUUGUGGAUCUUUGCAUUUCUUGAGGUGCCUUUCACUUGACACAUUCCAGCUUGUUGGCGGUCGGGCUGUGAUUGGGAGCCCCUCAGGGUGGCACGCAGCUCGGACUCCAUGCCUUAUUUAUGUUCUUUACAUGAACGGAUGGAGAAAAUGAACACCAAAGGACUCGUUGUUGUUGUUGUUUGUGGUUUUUGUCUUUUUGUAAACAUUUUUAAUAAAGCCAAAGAUCAGUG